AUGGCACGAAUCAGCAUUCCUCUUGACAUCUUGACGUCCCGUCUCAACCUGUCCGAUCGCUUCAACAAUGUACGAUCGCAGUCCAUCGCGUCGCGAUUUGCAAACAUUCGACCCAUUUCCGAGUUCUUGGAUCUGAAGAGACUCUCAAAGCCCAAUAACUUUGGAGAAGUCCAGAGCAGAGUCAACUACAAUCUCAGUUACUUCUCCAGCAACUAUGCGGUCGUCUUCGUCAUGCUCAGCAUUUACAGCUUGCUCAACAACCUAUGGCUUCUCUUCGACAUCAUUCUUGUCAUUGGCGGCAUGUGGGCCAUUGGCAAAUUAGGAGGAGGUGAUCUCGAAAUCGGUACUUUCCGUGCCACCACUUCCCAGCUCUACACUGGUCUAGCAUGUAUCGCCGUUCCCGUCGCUUUCAUUUCUUCACCUAUUGCAACAUUCUUAUGGCUCGUCGGAGCGACCGGCGUUACCAUUCUGGGCCAUGCUGCGCUGAUGGAUCGUCCGAUUGAGAAUGCUUUUUCCGAGGAGGCGGUCUAG